UUGCAUACAACUUUACUUUUUCAAACACCAAAUUAAAGGUGGUAAUUUUAUGCUCUACAAAAAAGUCAGUACUUCUAAUAUUUUUCCAUAAAAUCGAUAGUUUUGCUGUGAAUCGUGAAAAAAAAACAAAAAUCAACGUUUGGGGGUUAAUUUCUCCCCUCCUAAGGGAUGAUUUGUUUGGCUUCCCCUGUUCAAUAAUUCCUAUGGAUCUCUAGUUCCAGAUAAAAAAAAAACAUCUUUCCGCCUGAAAAACUAGAUACAAAAUCUUUCUUUGACCAAAACCAAAACAAGAAGAAACUGUCAGAUAUAUACCCCCAAUGCCAAUUUACUCUGUUCUGUUCACAGUAUUCCACCAUUUCCACCAUAGUAGUGAGUCAGUCUGUUAUAUUCUACGCGUGUAGACAGUCGAGUCGUACGGCACGAUCAUCUCGAGAAGAAAAUUACGCGAUCUCUUCGUUGUGACUUUGCGCGUUUGCUACUUACUAUCGCACUUAUACGUCGUAGUGAUUGAAAAAAAAAAAUUGGAUAUUUUAUAUCUGCACUGCAUUAUCUAAUUUUCUUAGUUUUGUUCUUGCCAGCUGCCAAUUGCUUGUGAAAAUGUGGUGUUAAUGAACUAAUAUGCUAAACACCAUUUCCGGUUGCUAAGGUGUACCACUAGGCAGUAUGGCUGCAAGCAAAAGUCGCCACUGGUGAAAAAAAAAAAAUGAACUGUGCAGACAACUACCGCGAAUUGCUGCUCUAUCUUGAACAAGCUGAGGUGCUACCCGAAGGCAAGCAGCCAGAAACUUCAACAGAAGGGAGUGACAUAAAUAAAACCUUUGAAAACCAUCAUGUCUCGCCUAUCAAAAAGUCGGAAAAGCCAUUAUCAAUCGGGCUCCCGAAAAUCGAAGAAGAAAACCAAAUCAACAAUUCAAUUAGAAAAACGGAUGGCAAACUAUACCAGGACAAUGAAAAUUCUGAUCCAGAAGACAUCGAGUUGAAUCUGCAAAUAUUAAUAAAACUCAACGAAGCCAUAAGAUCUGAUUUGUCUGAGCUACUAGCUAAUCAUAACUCAAGCGACUUUAGCGAAAACGAUUUGACCGGCUACCGGUUCUGCAGAAGUAGUUCAUCACAUGGUAAAUACAAAGACUUGAAUGGGUACCACCUAGAUGACUCUGAUGUUAGCAGAAAUGAUGGAUUCCACUUGGAGGAUGAUGAGAAAAGUUUCAUUGAGGAAUUUUCCGAUUUGGGAUCUCAUUCGGUCGAAACUACCACUCAAACAGUCUCUCCUGCGUUUAGUUCGACAAAUCUCACAUGGCCAAAUAGUCCCGGAUCUGAUACCGAGUCCUCGGAGGGUGAUUGUUGGGGUACAGCAUGUUCAAAAAAAGGAAUUUGGCCAAUCCAUGGCAAGUCGAAUUCGGCUCCGGUAUUAGAAAAAGCAUCUUCUUCGAGUCAAGUGAGCAAGCAGUCCCGAUCACAGUCCGAUCGACAUAUAGCCGAAAUCGAGGCAGCUGAAGCGUGCAAAUGGCUACGCGCAACCGGAUUCCCGCAAUAUGCACAGAUGUACGAAGAUAUGCAAUUUCCAAUCGCCUUAUCCCAGGCAGCAACCGACCAUCCCCGCCUAGAAAACGAUGUUCUGCUUUCGCUGUAUCGUAGAAUAAGAAUUUUAAAUGGCUGCGCACAUUUGAAUCAGCAACGUUCUACAAAUACGGACGAAUCGGAAGCUGAAGAAGAAUGUGCUCUGAGUCAAAACUGGACCUAUCAGAGUGAUAAAGGCAGGUGGUCUAGGACUUGUGAGCUAGAACCAAUUCCUAACCUCGCAGAAAUCAACAAACGAUUUGAUGAUAAAGAUGACGUUUUUGAAAAAUCCCCGCAGUCGCCUGCGUUGAGAAGGUCGGGUUUUAACAAAUCAAGAAGGCGUAGGGAUGGAAUGUUUUUCGAAAAAGAAACUUCCGAUGCCGUUUCAGUGGGCAGCCUGAAGAGGCUGGAGUUAAUUCAACAAUCGGAUGCAGAGGCAACUCCAAAGCAUCAACGUAAAGUUAGAACAAAAAGUUUUGACAAGACCUCGGAAAAGACUGAAACGUGGACUCGUAUACCAACUGAGCUUGAUGAUGUUGUAUGGGAAAGUCAAGCCGAAGCUACUUCUAGACAAAGACAUACCAGAGCACAAGGUAUAGGUCAAGGAGAAGAAUAUAUACCAUUUCACAGAGUAUCAGCAACUCAAUUCAGGAUACUGCGUAAACUUGCCUUACUGAAACUUACCUCGUAUAUGGAAAAAUAUUGUCCAACCCAUAGAACGGGCUGGAAUUGGGAGAUACCAAAAUUUAUCAGGAAAAUAAAGACCCCUGGAUAUAGAGCUAAAAAAGUAUUCGGCGUACCGCUCACAAUGAUUCAACAGAAAACUGGCCGAGUAUUGCCAGAAAAUAUCGAAGAGGCUUUAAAAUGGCUGAUAAUAAAUGCGAGUGACCAUGUGGGUAUUUUUCGGAAACCCGGAGUGAAAUCGAGGAUUCAGGCUGUGAGGGAUCUAGUGGAAAGUAAAACCUCUGUAGAUUAUUCUGAGCAGCAAUCCUACGAUGUUGCUGACAUGGUCAAACAGUAUUUUAGGGAUCUCCCUGAAAGUUUGUUGACGAACAAACUGGCAGAGACUUUUAUUUCGAUUUUUCAAUAUGUUCCGGAGGAUCUUCGAUCCGAACCCGUUCUCUGUGCUCUCAUUUUAAUGCCUAACGAACACCUGGAAGCUUUACAAAUUCUUCUCCAUUUCCUGGUUUCGAUUGCAAAAAAUUCCGUGAAUCAAAUGAACGAAAGCAAUUUGGCGAUGUGUUUUACACCAUCUCUAUUUCAUACUUUCCAAGCUUCCAAACAAAAUACUAGUACGAUGCCUGUGAAGGAGUUGGCAGACAAUGACGCCGGCAACGGAUGUUUGCAAUACUUAUUGAACAACGCCAACGAUUUGUUUAAGAUAAGCCAAGAUUUUAUGCACCAAAGUGGCUCAGCUUCAACGACAGACAACAAAGCAAUAUUAUUGCAGGAUUUAGGUUUAGAUAAGGGAGGCUGGAAGAAUUACUUAAGUGAAAGCCAAUCUUUUUUGCUUAAAGAGGUCAAAGAAAGACCUCGAGGCUGGAUUAAUAUUGCAAGCCACUUUGAAGGUGUUCAAAUAGCCUCCAAACUCGUAGAAGAUGGUAUUCAUUUGCAGCUUUAUAAGGUGACCGCUGAAAUAGAGGCUCCACCUACUGAAGUCUUACACAGAAUACUGCGUGAUAGGCAUAUUUGGGACCCUGAAUUGCGUUCGUCAAAAAUCGUAAAGAAUCUUGAUUCAAUGAGUGAAGUGUUCCAGUUUGUUCGGGGCACAGCUUCAUUUCGACCGGCUGAAGAAUACUGCGUAGUACGUACUUGGGCUACCGAUAUUACCAAAAGUAAAGACGUUUGCACCCUCGUUGAAACAUCAGUAGAACAUCCAGAUGCAUUGCAAAUGCCCAAUUCGUCCAGAGGUUUAGUAUUAGCCUCGCGAUAUCUCAUAGAACCAUGUGGUUCUGGAAAGUCGAAAGUUCAUCAUUUGUCUAGAAUCGACACCAUGGGCAGGUCGCCUAAAUGGUAUAAAAAGCACUUUGGGCAUUUACAAGCACUUUUCUUGGCGAAUAUCAAAAACUCUUUUCCUGGAGUUCAGCAUUCUGUGGGACCUGAAACUAAAGUGUAAAGAAAUACCAAAGAAUGUUAUGUUAGGAUCCUAAUGGUACAUUUAAAUUAAAUUAUAUAGCUACGGGUCAACCAGCUACAGUUUAUGACCAGAGUUACCUACCCAUUGUAGAUUGUAGAUUGGAUUGUCAAGGCCUCAGGGCCUUUUCAUGGACUAAUGAAAAGCAACGCCUUCGAAGAACUGAAAAGAUAAGAAAAGGACCAAAUUCUAGCUCAUUGGACAUGCAUUCCGACUCCGAGACAGGCAAAAAAAGUCAGGCACAAUAUAUUUGGAAAGGUAGCAGUGCGUGGGCGGCUAGAUCGAGCUGUAACGACUCCUUAUUCCAAUCUACAAUCUACCUACCCAUAAAAAAAUUAAGGAAUUAUCAAAAACAUAUACAGAAGACUAGAAGACCAUUGUUGUCCCCGAGCCAAAAAACUGUUUAAUAAUAUGUGCUAAAGGUGACAGAUAUAUUUCGACUAAAGAAAAAUGUUGACUCUCCUCAACCUCAACUUUAAUUUUUACAUUUUUCUAAUGUUGUGUGUUUACAAUAAUUAUCGUUAAGCUAAUGAAAAAUGUCUUAUGGCGUUAAGCUUCAUACUAAGGAUUGUCUAAUGAUCCUCGAAGAAAAAACCGUACCAUACCAUCCAAAGAUGCUCUUAGCACCUCUGAUCGAUCAAUUUCAUAAUGUAGUAGGUAGUGAAGCAACGCUGGGCUGUAAUUACCGAUGCCCAUGCCCUUAUGAAACUGAGAGAUUAUGGCGAUUUUUUUUUUCACGCUGGCGUAGGUACAGGGUGACCCUUUUAUUCUGUCUUAUCUCGGUAUAUGGGAAUCUAUAUAUUUUAUGACAAAAAGUUGUAUACAAAAGUUGUAGGGUUCAAAUGAUUAAUUUGUUUUUUUGUAUUUGCGCUUACACAGGGGGUGUUAAAAAAGUGUGACACCUCAGAUUUAAUUUUUUUUAAAAUAGAACACCCUGUAUAUUUUUACAUUUUUUGAUAGCGCUUUCAAAUGCAAAUAUAAAUAUAUAUAGUUUAAUAGGGUUGUUAUGCACAGUUUUCGAAUUUAUUGAUGGUUAUCUUCGAGGAACGGCCAAUUUUUAGAUUAUUGUAGAAACGUUAGACGUCAAAAAUAAAUAUUUUAAAGUAGGACUUUGACCAAAGGGAAAUAUACAAAAAAACAAAUUAAUGAUUUAAACCCUACAACUUUUGUAUAAAACAUUUUAGCAUAAAAUAUCUAGAUUUCCAUGUACCGAGAAAGGACAAAAUAAACAGGCCAACCUGUACAUAAGGAUAACUUACUUGAUUGAUACUGAAAUAAACUAACUCGAAAUUUAAUUAAUCAGUUUAGUUUACAUUAUGCAUUACUCUGUCUUAUGGAAUACUCAACAAAUCGUCUUACUGGAGCAAUUCUAGUUGACUGAUUCGGCUUCUUAGAUAAUAAUUUGCUGUGCCAAGCUUUUAUAGUAGGUUCUAAGCAUAAUUUUUUCUCCUCUGGCUCUAGAGGUAACUAUGAGUUGUUUUAGAAGAUGGCCUACCUAAUAGAGUGUAAAACCAGUAGUGUGGAGUCUACGCCAAAAAUUCUAGCUCCAAAAAUUUCAGUGUUCCGACAAGUGGAUUUUCCCUAAAAUUGGUAUAUACAUGUAGACUAUCCCUGACAGCACCCUAUCUACAUGAAAGCGGCAUGGAUGGUCAAAUAAAAUUAGCCAUGAAGUAUGGAUGAGAUGUAAAAUAUCAACAUCUUACAUUAAAAUUUCUUAAACACUGUUCCGCCAAGUGGAUUUUUUCUAAAUUUGGUAUACAUGUGGAUCUUACACUACCCUUUACAGCACCCUCCAUGGAAGCGACAUCGAUAGAAAAUUAAAAUUAUUCAGGAAAAAUGGAUGCGAUGUGAAAAAUUAACAAUUUAUAUUAUAAUUUUUUAAACAGUGAUCCAACAAGUGGAUUUUCCCUAAAUUUGGUACUCAUGCUCACUCCCCCUUACAGCACCCUCCGUGAGAGCGGCAUCGAUGGUAAAAUAAAAUUAUCCAGUAUCUUAUCCAUAAUUUUUUCUGGAUCAUAUUAUUUGAUUAUCGAUGCCGCUUCCAUGGAGGGAGCUGUAAGGGGUAGAGAGCACGAGUACCAAAUUUAGGGAAAAUCCACUUGUUGGAUAUACCAAGAUCUAGCAAUUGCUUCUGGCAUUUGCUAGUCAAGAAAUUACUUUUGCCAAAAAGGAAUUGCUUCAAAUAGGUAAUUGCCUAAUUUUUUAUUCAUUAGGAUAAGUGAAAUUUUUGGGCUUGCCAUAUGGAAAACUGUACUUUCGUUUAUUUUGCAAAAUAUUUUCAAGAUCACGCUCACUUGCGAUUCAAAUUCGUGCAAGCAGCUUGACUUGGUCAAGAAAAAAUUCGAAAUUACAAAUUUGAAGCACCUAUGGUUCCUAAUACAAAUACUUUGAGCUUUGAAUGCAUUUUGAUAAUCCAUUCUUUGCAAAAACUGGAAAUGGAACAACCUAUAAUAAUAGGAAUAAUGUGGGAAAACAUUUUUUUUUUUCUUUUUACUUUAUAGAUAACCUGAAACCAAUUCCCGCAUAAAUUCCAAUUGCAAUUUGAAUUGGAAUUGAAUGUGAACGUAGCUUUACCUACGUUGCGCGGAGCUUGGUUCAGGAAAUUUUUGGAGCUAAAAUUUUUGAUGCAGACUUCACACUCCUUGUAAUAAAACGUAUAAUAUGGUGGAAAAAAAAUUGGUACUAUUGUAACUGAAUUUUUCUUUUUAACAUUAUUUUAUAAUAUCUCACUUCUAUGUGAAAAUCUUCAGGUAGUGACGACAAAAAUAUUUAAAAAAAAAAAAGUUAAUGUAGGUAUUGUUACCAUAUAUAUUAUUAUUAACCUUAUAUUCCGAAUUAUAUAACAUAUAUAAUAUUUUUUUUUUUUAGUGAUAUGUAUUUUAUUAUAUUUUUUAUAAUAUACCUAUGUAUACUUAUUUAUCUGUUUAACUUUAAGUCUUUUUUUCGAAAAAUCUUCAGCAAACAGGUGCAACUAGGUAUGUGCCAUGCUAGUCAUUUAAUAUUUUUUUAUCCGACCCACCUAAAAAUUAAUCGCAUAAAAUUUUUAAAUACCGUUAUUUAAGGUUUAUAUAUUAUAAAUUUUUACAAGCCAGUAUUGUAUAGAAACAUUAUGUACCCAUAUUAUUGUUAUUAUCUCAAAUAAAAUAUAAUUCAAAUUU